AUGGCACAGAUUGCGGCCGGUGAUGCUGUUGAGCCCUCCGAGGAUGUGCGGUCGCCCGCUUCCGUGGGCUCCAGCAGUGGAGCAGUCACAUUCGAGAGGCCAAAGCUGAAAGGGCGAAAGAAGCUGUUGGACGGGCUCCAACGGAUUCACUCGUCUUCAUCGUUGUCAAAGGCUGGGAGGGCACCAUCCGGGUAUCGAAGCGGGGGUCUCCAAUCUAUGUCUUGCGUCUCUCUGUCCUCCGCCGGGUCGCCCUACGGUAACUCGUACGGUGGCUCUUGCUCUUCGGAGAUAUCUGCAGUAUACUCGACCGCUCCAACUUCUGCCGCGACUACGCCAGCUGUCGAUGCUCCGCUCUUUGAGCGAAAGACCCGCCUGCGGGCGAUCUCGCUGGGCAAAGAUGCUCCCAGUAGUGUGCGACUGCCCGCAGAUCUGAGACCGUUCUCUCGGCUGGGCGUCAGUCCUGCUAUCACCCCUGGUCUGGGCGGGGUCUCAGAAGACUAUUUUUCUAUACCAGUAAGCCGGGUCAAGAAGAUACCGAAAAGGGAGAACUUCAAUUUCUGGGACGAGAUGCCUUCUGAAAUAAGAAUGCAUAUUCUCCAAUACUUGAAGCCGAAGGAGAUUAUCCGCUGCUCUUCCGUCUCCAAAGCCUGGCACAAAAUGUGCUUCGACGGGCAGCUGUGGAGCAAUCUGAACACGUCCGACUUUUACCGCGAUAUACCCGCCGAUGCUCUGGUGAACAUUAUCACGUCCGCUGGUCCAUUCGUGAGGGACCUAAACCUACGCGGGUGCGUGCAGCUUCGGGAAAGGUGGAACGCGAAAGGACUCGCAGAUGCCUGCCGCAAUCUGGAGAACUUCUCGCUCGAAGGCUGCCGUAUCGACCGCACAUCCAUUCAUUGCUUCUUACUUCAGAACACUCGACUUGUGCAUAUCAACCUGUCCGGCUUAGCAGGUGCUACCAAUUCGGCCAUGAAGAUCGUCGCCCAGUACUGCCCAAAGAUCGAGCAUCUCAAUAUUUCCUGGUGCAAUAAUAUUGACACACGAGGCAUCCGGAAGGUCGUUGAGGGCUGUCCGAAUCUUAAAGACCUCCGCGCCGGCGAGAUUCGCGGCUGGGAUGACGUCGAGUUCAUGCAUGAGCUCUUCAAGCGGAACACGCUGGAACGGCUGGUCCUGAUGAACUGCGACAGCCUGACCGACGAGUCCCUCUGUGCACUCAUCGAGGGGACCGACAGCGAGAUCGACUUCCUAACCGGCCGCUUCAUCGUUCCACCCCGCAAGCUCAAGCAUCUAGAUCUCACGCGCUGUCGAGGCAUCACGGACAAGGCCAUCCGCGCCCUCUCUCACAACGUUCCUGAUCUCGAAGGCCUCCAGCUGUCGAAAUGCCAUGCCCUGACCGACGCCGCGCUCACGGAUCUCUUGCCCACCACACCCCGCCUCACGCACCUUGACCUAGAGGAACUCAACGAGCUCACCAACGCCACGCUGCAGGCCCUCUCCUCCGCGCCGUGCAAAGAGUACCUCGGCCACCUCAGCAUCUCCUACUGCGAGUCCCUCGGCGACGCAGGCAUGAUCCCCGUCCUGAAAUCGUGCCCGCGGCUACAGAGUCUCGACAUGGACAACACGCGGAUCAGCGACCUCGUCCUCGUCGAAGCAGCCGCCUGUGUGCGGUCUCGGAACCGCCUCGCGCGCGGGCUUACCGCCUCCGAGCGUCCAACCGUCGGCCUGAGGCUGGUGGCCUACGACUGCGCGAACGUGACGUGGACGGGCGUGCGGGAGGUCCUGUCGCGCAAUGCGGAGAUCAUGCGACCUACCGCCAAAAAUGUGGCGGCGACGUAUCCGCGCGAGAUCAUCCAGAUGAAGUGCUUUUACAACUGGCAGCCUACGGUCGAGGAACACACCAAGAGGGUCCUGAGGGGCGAUUUCGCGGCCGCGGCGCGCUUGGAGAGGAAGUGGGCCGAGUGGAUGAUGUUGAAUGAGGAGGCUGGGGCGGGCGCCGGUCAUGGGGCUCGCAGGAGGAGGCGGCGGGCGAGGGAGGCGCAGCUGUUGCAUGCGGAUGAGGAGGAGGGCGGGGUGAUGGGUGCUGGAGGGGUGGGACGAAGGAGGAGGGCGAGGAGUGGGCCGGGCGGGUGUUCUGUGAUGUGA